AUCCAACUGCGACUUCAAGUGCUGCUUCCGGGUCCUGUCCUGUUUACAUGAAACUCGGCUAAGCUAAGUCUACUUUCUCUGAAAAUGACGGAACAAAAAGCAAAAAAUAUCAGCUCCAUUCCUAUCGACGGGUUCAGCAAGUUAAGAAUAACGUCGAUAUGGACGUUUCUCAUGUCGGUGCAGUGGUCCGAGCCGUGGAUCAUCGGGCUGCUGGUGUUUCAUGUUGUGUGUUUGCUCCUGACUGUGGUGACCUGCAGGUUUUACAGAGCUCAGAUCUGCCACUUUCUGCUCAUAGUUGGCCUGGUUUAUAGCGCCGAAUAUCUAAAUGAGCUGGCAGCUAUGAACUGGAGGUCGUUUUCUGACUUCCAGUACUUUGAUUCCAAGGGCAUGUUCAUAUCGUUGGUCUUCUCAAUUCCUCUUCUGCUCAAUGCAGUCAUCAUCGUGAUGGUGUGGGUGUACAGGACCUUCUCCACGAUGACUGAACUGAAGACGCUUCAGCUGAAGAGAAAGGCUCGCAGAGAGAAGAGGGAGAAAAGUGACUGAUCCCUCUCCUCAUAUCCGAAAAUGGGCUUCAUUUGGAGGAAUUUAGAAUCUGUCCUUGACUAAUCCAGAAUUUUGGGAACGGAAGGCAGAUUCCUUCUCACGGCUUAAAAAGGAUUGUUCAUGGAUGCCAGGAAUGGAGGUGUUCUUCUGCUAAUGACUGUUGAAAGAUGCACUGGACUGGACUGUACACAGUGGGAUCUCUGAGGACCAAAGGACGCUUACGGUUUUGUAUUUAACGCUGUUUUAAAAUGUGUUAAAAUGUAAAUACAAGAUAAAAAAAGAAUAAAGUGUUUUUGCAAUGGCA